AUGCCUCCUAAACCCUCUAACCCAACCCCCAAAGACCUUGAGGAGUCUAUCCAACACACAAACCUCCGUUUGGAUGACCUCAUCCUCUCCAACAAAUUUCUUGAAUCAACCAUGGAAUCAAACAACCAGUCCAUUACGGAGCAGCUGGAUCAGAUGGACAACAAUCUUGAAUCUCGUCUGAUAGCGAGUUUUGCCGAACUCAGCUCCCUCAUGACUCAGCAAGUGAGUCAACUUUUUGCCACUAUGACAUCCGCUGCACAGCCGCCUACAUCCGCUGCACAGCCGCCUAGAUCUACAGCAACAGGUAUUUCUAAUAGCAUUUUAACACCAGCCAGCUCUGAAAAUGUUGUUAUUAGUACCUCUUUUCCUCUCUUACAUGUACCACUACCUGUUAGCCAACCACUUUAUCACGGCAGUUCAUCAAACCACCAACUCUCCACACCACCAUCACCGCCAUCUCUCUCAUUUCCCCAAACACAACCCACGGUCCAACCCUUACGCCCUCCUUUUUCAACCUAUCAAACCUCACCUUUUCUUAACCAACCUAACCAACCAACCCAACAAUCACACCUUUUUUCCCCAUUUUUGCAACAACCUACUCAACCCCAACAUUCCGCUAGACAUCCUAAAAUUGAACUCAGCGUGUUUGACGGUUCUAAUGCUUUGGAAUGGCUGUUCCAAUCAGAACAGUUUUUUGGGUUUUAUAACAUUCCUAUUGAAAAUAGACUACCCAUGGCUGCUUUCUAUAUGCGCGGAAACGCCCUCGGCUGGGUGAUUGGACUACCACCCGAAGCUAUGCUGAAUUGUUUUAUAUCCGGGCUGAUUCCAGAAAUUAGGAAUGAAAUUGCAAUACAUCAACCAUAUUCCAUUUCCCAGGCAGUGGGGCUUGCAAAGCUAAUAGAAGCCAAACUCAAAGAUUCAAAAACAAAAUUCAUUAAACAUCCUCCCAGCGGUUCAUUUCCCCACCCACCCUCACCAACAAUUCCAAAACCUAACACCACCAACCCUCUCAACCCCCCUGUCCCUUCUACACCAACUAGUACAAAUGGAAGCAAUUCGACAAAUCACUUCCCAAUUCGCAGAAUAACAGCGGCACAACGCGAAGAGCGUAGAGCUAAAGGACUUUGUUUUAAUUGCGAUGAGAAGUUUAUUCCGGGCCAUCGCUGUGCUGCUGGAAAAUUCCUCUUACUAAUGAUUGACGAGGACAGCCCUAGUAACAAUGAGAACGACAACGAAGGUUCCGAAACAGUUGAUGAUGUUAGCCAUUCUGAAGAAACAUACUUCCAGCUCUCCCCACAAGCCAUUAGUGGUCAACUUUCCCCAAAGACUUUGAAAUUUAAAGGCAUUUUGGAUGGGUUAAGUGUCACUGUCCUCAUUGAUACGGGGAGCACCCAUAACAUCCUUCAACCACGCAUUGCUCAACAUCUCAAAAUUCCUACAAAACCUAUUCCUAACUUUUCGGUCAUGGUGGGUAAUGGUUCUCAACUUAAUUGUUCGGGUAUAUGCCCUGAAGUGCCUAUUACUUUGCAACAACAUUUAUUUUUUAUCCCCUUCUACUUACUACCUAUAGAAGGCGCUGAUGUUGUUUUGGGUAUGCAAUGGCUGCGAACUCUUGGGCCGCUCCUUGCUGACUUUUCCAUUCCUAAGAUCUCUUUUACAUAUAACCAGAAGGAAGUCACCAUUACUGGUGAACCUAAAACGACCCCAUCCCACUCAUCCUACCAACAAUUCUGCCACUUGCUCCAUACAGACUCUAUUGCUUCCAUACACCUUUUACUAUACCAUCCUAACAAUGUUUCCCCUUCCAACCCCGAUUUCACUGCCAAUCUCACUUCUGCACUUGACUUCCCUCAACCUACUCUACCUCGUGAAAUCCAAACUGUCCUAGAAAACCAUUCAACCAUUUUUCAAACACCCAAAGGCCUACCCCCUUCCAGAAUGCACGACCACCACAUACCACUCAAACCAAAUUCCACCCCAGUUAAUGUAAAACCAUACCGAUAUCCCCACUCACAAAAAGAAGCCAUGACCGCAAUUAUAUCAGACAUGUUACGAGACGGCAUCAUUAAACCCAGCAAUAGCCCAUACUCUUCCCCUGUCUUACUCGUAAGAAAAAAAGAUGGAACAUGGAGGUUCUGCGUCGAUUACCGUGCCCUAAAUGCCAUAACUAUCCGUGACCGUUUUCCCAUACCAACCAUCGAUGAACUCUUUGAUGAGUUAGGUUCUGCUUCUUUGUUUACAAAGAUUGACCUCAGGUCAGGCUAUCACCAAAUUAGAGUAACACCAGAAGACACACACAAGACAGCAUUUAGAACCUUUGAUGGGCACUAUGAGUUUUUGGUAAUGCCCUUUGGGCUGACUAAUGCUCCUAGUUCCUUUCAAGCGGCGAUGAAUGAUCUACUGCGCCCCUACCUACGUCGGUUUGUUUUAGUUUUUUUCGACGACAUUCUAAUUUACAGUUCAUGCCUAGCUGAUCAUGUUCAUCAUUUGACAUUGAUUUUAACUUUACUUUCUACUAAUCAAUUUUUUGCUAAACUGUCAAAAUGUGUGUUUGCUGUUUCAAAGGUUGAUUAUUUAGGUCAUAUUAUCUCAGCUAACGGUGUAACCCCAGAUCCAUCGAAAAUUCAAGCAGUUUUGGACUGGCCAAGGCCACGUUCUCUCACGACACUCAGGGGUUUUUUAGGCCUCACCGGCUUUUAUAGACGAUUUGUUCGUCACUACGCCUCUCACGCCGCUCCACUCACCGAUUUGUUACGUUUCACUAAAUUUACAUGGAGUACAACAGCAGAUACAGAUUUUACAACAUUAAAGAAAAAAAUGACUGAAACUCCCGUGCUCGCCCUUCCUGAUUUCUCAAAGACCUUCAUUCUGGAAACUGAUGCUUCAGCAGUGGCUAUCGGAGCAGUCCUUUCUCAAGACAACCAUCCCUUGGCGUUCUUCAGUAAGAAAAUGUGUAACAGAAUGCAAGCUUCUUCAGUUUAUGUCCGGGAGAUGUAUGCAAUUACGGAAGCUGUUAAAAAAUGGCGUCAGUACUUAAUCGGCCGACAUUUUCAUAUAUUCACUGACCAAAAGAGUUUGAAAAAUUUAUUGGUCCAGACAAUACAAACUCCAGAACAACAAAAGUGGGCUUCAAAAUUACAAGGUUUCAGUUUUGAUAUUUUCUACAAACCUGGCAAGCACAAUCAGGUUGCCGAUGCCCUCAGCCGCAAACACACAGAAGACGAAGCCUUGUUUUUCUCCAUCUCGUCCCCUAUGCCCUUGUUACUCGAACAACUUCAACAGCACUACAUCAAAGAGAAACAUGGUAUCGACCUAUUAGCCAAAUACAACUCAGAUCCGAGUAUGCAAGCACUAUUCAGCUUUAAGAACAACAUCCUAUUCUACAAAGAUAAAAUCUACUUACCACAGAUUCCAGACAUCAAGGAAGCAAUCCUGCAAGAAUUCCACGCCACUCUAGUCGCCGGACAUUCAGGGUUCAAACCAACUCUUUCUCGAAUUGCAUCAUCAUUCAAUUGGCCUGGUAUGCACAAGGAUGUUAAAAUGAAAGCUAAAGUUCACAGCAACAAUAAUUUUAAGACCGAGAGUGUAGAUGACUUACCUACGGCGAGGAGAUUUUCGCCGGAUCAUUGUUGA